AUGCAUCGCGGUGUUGUCCUCACUGCCCGCGUGGUCGUCCUUCUCGUUACGUUGGUGUGUUGCUGCGACAGCGUUGCCGACGCGGCGCACUCGCCCAAGUCCGCUACGUUUGGCCGUACGCCGUCGCGCCGCGGUGGGACGCACCCGCGCGACUACUACCUCUCCUACAAUGCUGGCCCUUUCAACGCCAGCUGUGUCCGUCCACCGCUCGCCUCUCCCUUUCUCUUCUUUCCCCCUGACAACGUCGACGUCGAUGGCAGCGGCAGCGGUGGGUGCUUCACUGGUGAUGGGGUGCAGGUGGCGCUGUUGGACACAGGCCUGUGCGCUCACGUCGCCGAAUGGAGUCGGAACGACGUCACGUGCGCGAGUUUCGUGCCGGGGGUCGCGUGCGAGGAUGACGGUUGCGGACACGGGACGCGCAGUCUCAGUGUGCUGGCGGGGCACCUCCUCCACCCCCUAUCGCCCCCCUCUCCUCGUGCGCGCGACAGGCGGCCUGAAUGGGCGGAUGGCACACGCCCAGCGAAGCAAAGCACCUCCUUCUCACCGCAGCAUUACAUCGGCAUGGCGCCGCGCGCUAGCGUCCGCGUCUUUCGCGUGUUUGACCGAGACGGUGAGACGAGAGAGCGGUAUGUCACGAGCGCGCUGGAUGUUCUCCUCCGUGAAGCCGAGGCAUACCGUCAGGCACGCCUGUUGCACAGUGCGACAGGCGAAGAGGACGAAGACGAAGCUGCGGCAGAAAGUUACGCUCGGCCGUCCGUUCGUGCCCCCGUCGACAUCGUGAGUCUUUCGUACGGCGGUGAAGACUACUACGGCAACGUCGCUACGCAGAAGCGGAUUUACCAGCUUAUGCACGACUACGGCGUGCUGGUGGUGGCGGCCGCCGGCAACGAUCCCUACCACUUUGGCGGUGUGCGCAGCCCGGCGGAUAUGCCUGGCGUGCUCGCCGUGGGGGCAGUAAAGCUGACAAGCCACGGCGCACCCGCCGCUGAUCCCCCGCAGCUCUUUUCAAGUCGCGCAGGCAAAGCUGCAGGGACCGUUGAAGCGUCUGUUGCGGGUUUCGCAGGCCGUGGACCCACCACAUGGGAGCUACCGUUUGGUGCGGGGCGGGUCAAGCCGGAGCUUGUUGCGCUCGGCCAACACGUCUGGACCGUGGAAGGGGUGUCGGCCCCGUCGAAGAACGUUUCCUCUUCUGCUCCUCCCUCUUCUUUUACUUCUUGUUCACGGUUGCGGUUGCGGUCCAUCUCCGGCACAAGCAUUGCCGCGCCGAUCGUUGCCGGGGUCGCCGCUGUCGCCCUCGAAGCGGUACGGUGGGAAGCGGAGAGUCGGCGGCUGGACUCACCCGCGGCCUUCUCUUGUGACAGCAACAGCGGCAGAAGCAAUUCAUAUUGGAUCCAUCGUCUUCAAACCUCACUGCGGGUGCGGCAGCUGCUCCUGAGCACCGCGAAGCCCCUCUCCCCUGCCCAUCAGCGAACCAACGCACUUUCCACCCUUGUAGGCGAAACGGCCGCGAUGUCGUCAUCGAACACGACGUCCGGGCGUCAUCGAUGCUUCUCCUCCCACGCGCACCGUAGUGGCCACACUCAUGCGGCGCCGCACACCGAACUGGCCGGGCUGCCGCUGACACGGCUGUACGCCGGCUACCUGCAACGAACGAAGUGGAGUGUGCUGUCGCAGGGCAUGGGUGCGGUGCAGCCACGCCGCGUCCUGCAGCGCGUUCGCGUCUCUGCUGCUGCGCUACACGUGCCAGAAACAAACCGAUGUGAAGCGUUUGCGGUCCCUGCCUCUCUACGCGUGGGUAGCGGGUGGAUGCGCGAGUCGGAAGUCGAUGCACGGACUCCCUCAACGACGGUGACAAGCGAGCAAAAGGAGUCCUCGAGUUUGUAUUGGUGGCCAUACUCAGACAUGGCCGUCUACCCGAGCGCCGCGCCGCUGCUCUUCAACUUUUCCGUGUAUCUCUGCCCGUUUCUGACAACAACGUGUCGAACCGGAAGGAACUCCACCGCAGCAGAGAAGCGAAGCCCGCCGCUGCGGCACAAGCAGCAUCGUAGCGACGACAACGGUCUGCACGGCAGCUACGAAGCCCGGUUUGAGCUUACACAGGUAACGGGGCAUCCCUCACGCGGUCGUCCCACGCGAUACCUACAUGGAGCAAAAGACGCUGUUGUGUGGCGUGUAAGCGACGGCAGCCGCGGAGCUUCGCAGCCCGACGUUGUCGUCCAACGCAUGUUGGAGCAGCAUCUGGUGCGAUCUGCCGUGGAGUUGAGGGCGGUGGUGGCGCCGCCGCUGCCCACACGAAGCUUUCCGCUGCCAGCCACGUCGUUCACCCUGUCCGUCGCUCUCUCCGUCCCUUCCUCGGCACACACACGACUGCGCUACUGCGCACACGCCCCCAACGUGGUUGAGGAGGUAAAAAGAGCACCCAACAUGCGCCGCAGUGGGGGCGAAGAUUCCGGUGAGAGAGGGCACGCAAACCGCGACGACAGUCCUGCAAACGAGACAACAAGCGGUAUAGGGUGCGUCCCUCUCUUCCAUGCCUUCUCUUCAGUGACUGUGGAAGGUGCAUUGCGUAUCCACAGCCGCGGUAGUCGUAGCAAUCGUGGUGGUGGUGCUCUACACUCGUCAUCGUCUUCGCUACUCGUGAUUCCAGUGGUCAUCCGCAUCCGUGCGCCGCCACCGCGUACCCGGCGAGUGCUCCUCGACACGAGCCUCGACUGGUUCAACCCAACCGCCGCCGCCUCCGACGUCUUCAUCGCCGGCGACGACCCACACGAAGCGACAUCUCCGCUUGCGGGAAGCGACGGCGACGGCGGUCCAGCAUCGCGGCGGUCGUACGCGGAGAUGGGCGGCGACCACCCCCACACCAACCUCGCGUUGUUGUACGUCUACCUGCGCCACAGCCUGCGCCUUGCCGUGAGCUUCUUCCCGCUGCUGCACGUCGCCACUUCUCCGACGCUUUGUGACCGCUCUGACGAAGGCGUCGCUUCCUCAGCUGCAUAUAGUACGGCCGGAGCACUGAACACACCCAGUGGCGUAACCUGCAGAGCAGCAGCUGACGCGGCUGCCGUCAUCGCCCUUUCAGAGGCGGGCACCAUCAUCCUCGUUGACCCAGAGCGUCCGUUAACGCGGGCGAUGCGCCACUUACUUCGCGCGGCAGUUCGCCCGGAUUCGGGGAAGGAUGGGCUGCGUGUGGUGCUGGUGACGGAUUGGUUCAGUCCGGAGGUGGCGGCGGCGCUGCGGUGGGCACGCGAGGGGAGCGAAGACAACCAUCGAGGCAUGGAAGAAGCUACAGGGGCAACUGCAGGAGAGAAGCGGCCGCACAAUGCAACGGAGUCGCCAACGCUUUCGGCGAAACAUGUGAAGAGCAGCGGUGACAACACGCUACGAGCCUGGCGAAGCAACAACCGUAGUGCCAGCGACACGACUGCCGUGUCUGCAGCUGCAGCGCGCUCCGGUCGUGGAUUACGUGGAAGCUGCCACGUGCCGUCGUGGAAUCGCUGGUUGGACGAUCUCGCCUCUGCUGCUCCCUCUCUACUUGCGGAAUUCAACGGCACCGGUGCGCAGCGUGGUGGCGUAAGCGAUCUUCCGCAAGGAAGGUUCGCGGCACCCUUUCAUAUGAGCGAGGACGUCGUGGUCGAUGGCGUCUUGGUAGUGUCUGCCGGUCACCCAAACUCUCGCGACAACGCCAUGAAAGGCAGCCGCGAAGGCGGGUUUCGCUCGCUCGGCCAGCUCAACGGUGCGGGUGUGUUACGCUGGACGCAGUCGACGAAGGCGUGGGACGAAAGGGCUGCUGCUGCUGCUUCUGCAUCUGCGGGCCGCAUCACUGGGGCGGCAGCAGGUGAAGCCGUCGUGUGCGGUCUUACGCCCGCGUGGUCGUCGUCAACGCAGCGCCUCCGCAAACGGGCCGUCGCCACCGCUGGCGCCUCUCACGCUGCAGCAGCGGCCCCCGCCGACGACGACGACGAAGAAACGACGACCUACGAGGACACGUGGGAGAAUACAGCACGUGAAGGCCUCGACGGUCUCGAAGGGCCGCAUGAGUCUGUCGUUCGCGAGAACGGCGGCAUGUGGCAUCCAACUCCACCACACGAUGCAUCUCUUGCGCAUGGAAUUAUGGGAUUCUGGACGGUGCCGCCGGGGACUCAGCAGCCGCAGUGUCCAACGGCGUCUGGGCCGCAGCGAUCAGCCACGCCAGGCCGCGUCGCCAUCUUUACCGACUCCAACUGCCUUUCCGCUGACGAUCACCACGUGCAGUCCGCCUUGCACGAGUUGGACCAGCUCCUCAGCACACAACAAAACCACUCCCUGCCUACCGCGCCUAUCGACGCAGACGCGCUGCAGCGCCUCUUCGACUCCACAGCUGGGCGCCGCUUCGUGCAGAAGGAAUCCGUGCAGAGCUCCGCCUGUGUCGAGGUGAUGAAGGAGUUGCUCUACUGGACGCUGACCGGUGAUCCACGCUGGUGGCGUGCGGAGGCAGCGCUGCGCUGUGAGGCGCGUACCGGACCUCGACCCACCUCGCCAGGCAAGACGAGCACCAUGAUCGUUGCCCCGCUGUCGCAGUGGUUGGAAGAGGUGGGAGCAAGAAGCCACCACUCACGCGCCUGUGCAGAAGGGCAAAGAGCGCGUUUAACGUACCGCGAUGACGAAAGCAGUGAAGAGGAUAACGAUGAUGAUGAUGAUGAUCUGCUGCACACCGCGCCCGGACGUGCCAGCAUCGGCGCGGCCGUGACGCGGCUGUGGGCGGCGACGGUGUUGGCUGCGCGGGGCGAUGACGACGGUUUGUGCAAUACUGGAAACGAAACGGACCUCACGACUCAAGCAGAGGUCCGCAAAGCCGACUUCCCCUCACUUGUGCUGGUAGACACACCCACGACAUCGCAGAUGUUGGUCGAACUUGACGUAGCAGCGCAGGAUGCAGCGGAAGAAGAAGGGCUUCGUGCUCUGUCAGUCCGCUAUCACGGCAAUUGGGACGCAUACGUGCAUGAGUGUGAGAACCACCAAACUUUCGACUCGCGCUGGCAUGAUAAGGAGGCGCCACGCGACUUGUUUUUCCACAAGCGGAGUACAGCAGCAAGUAUGCGCCGCACAGGUACGCCACGUGAAAGGCACGUCAACGAUCUGUGGGUGUUGUUGUACUGGCUGCGGCACCCCGUCGUCCUUGCUCAAGCCGUCACGUUCGUGGCCUGUGCGUUGGGCUACUGGGUUUACGACAGACGCUGCUCACACGCACAGCGGCGGCGGCGCCUGACGAAGGAGCGCAAAGCAGCGUAG